GGAACAAAUUUGAGAAAUGAAGAAAAUUGGGUGAAACAAGAGGAGGUUUAGAGGAGUGGAAGAGAGGCAGAAUCUGAACAAAAGACUAGCCAAAGACCAGACCCUCGACACAACCCAUCCUAUGCCAAAUUUGUGCAAGAAAACACUAGAUUAUAGCUGGAUGCAAAAAAGAAGAGUGCUGUGGGUGAGCCCACCGCCCUCCUCUCGUUACAAAAAGAGGUCUGCCAAGGCAUCAUUAGCGAUGUAUGCGACAAAGAAACAUAAGACCUCAAGAAGACAAAUCUGAUCUCCAGUCUCACUCAAAAUCCAGAACCUCAACUUGACGUCAUUAGACCCUAAGAAGAUUUCAGGGAAAUUAAAGAUAACUCGGAAGAUGAGGAAGACUCCUCUGGAAAAAAUCAGGAAUAGAAUAAAGUCAUUGUCUCCAACUUUAAAGAGAGCUACACAAAUAGCUCUUGGUAGCUCUACAGAAGAGAGAAAGAGAUGCAAGAAGAAAGAUAAAGUUAAGCCGUACAAUAACUGGACUUCUGAUAAAACCAUCCUAUUCGAAGAGAACAUGAAGAAUGUUUAUGGAUAUGUUUUCAAUAAAUUUGGAGCAUUCCAUUCUGAAAUAACUGACUUAAAAUCAAGUUCAGGCAUCUGAAAAUCUCCUUACAUCUUGAACCAAAAGUUAGAAGAGCUUAAAUGUAGCAAGGAAAAAAUCUGGGGAAAAGACAAGCUUUCCAGAGUGUUCAAUGAUAAUGUUUUAGCCAAUUCUCAGUUUAAGAAACAGCCAUCAUAAUACCUAUUAAUUGUUUUGUAAAGUCUAUACUCAC